AUGGAGAGUUGGCGUACUUUUGCUCUCUGGGACCACCACGGAGCUCCUGGCUACCAUCCGGAGCUGAUGCCAGGGUUCGCAUGCUCCACAGAGCUCAUUUGUUUGAUUAAACAUGUUAUAGGGGGAGGUGAGUGGAGCGCCAGGGGGGAGGUGAGUGGAGCGCCAGGGUAUGGAGAGUUGGCGUACUCCGCUCUCUGGGACCACCACGGUGCUCCCGGCUACCAUCCGGAGCUGAUGCCAGGGUUCGCUUGCUCCACAGAGCUCAUUUGUUCCAUUAAACAUGUUAUAGGGGGAGGUGAGUGGAGCGCCAGGGGGGAGGUGAGUGGAGCGCCAGGGUAUGGAGAGUUGGCGUACUCCGCUCUCUGGGACCACCACGGUGCUCCCGGCUACCAUCCGGAGCUGAUGCCAGGGUUCGCUUGCUCCACAGAGCUCAUUUGUUCCAUUAAACAUGUUAUAGGGGGAGGUGAGUGGAGCGCCAGGGGGGAGGUGAGUGGAGCGCCAGGGUAUGGAGAGUUGGCGUACUCCGCUCUCUGGGACCACCACGGUGCUCCCGGCUACCAUCCGGAGCUGAUGCCAGGGUUCGCUUGCUCCACAGAGCUCUGGUCUGGCCCCGCCUCAGCUCACAGAGCGCAGUGUAUGAUCCAGCAAAGGUUUGGUCAACGCAGUUGUAGUGCUUCCUCUACUAGCAGUGUAAGUCCGCACAAGAAGACGCGACGUCGCGUGGCCACCAUGGCUCAGCGUAGGGCCGCCAACAUCCGUGAGCGACGCAGGAUGUUCAACCUGAACGAGGCGUUUGACAAACUUCGACGAAAAGUUCCCACGUUCGCUUACGAGAAGAGGCUUUCCAGAAUCGAAACCCUGCGGCUCGCUAUAACCUACAUCUCGUUCAUGAGCGAGUUGUUGAACUGCACAGAGAAGGUUUCCGACCGUGACACUUCACCACUGUUCCAAAUACAAAACCAAAGGGAGUACGUUCCCUACUCCAUACUUCCAACUUGAUUCUACAGCCUCUAGGAAUGCUACUUUUAUUUUGUUUCAGAAUAUUAAUUAAGACCAGUUAAAAAUUAUGUUUGAAAGCUAAAAAGUAUUAUAAGCAAUACUUUCUGUGUUUCUAUGAGUAUAAAUUAUAAAAUAAAAAUGUGGAUUACUUGUGUAAUGUUACAACAGGUAUUUAGGUGGCCUAUACAACUAGAAGUUACCAUUACCAAGCUAGUAAUAACUAAGCAACUUUUAUAAGAAUCGAGCUGUUGUGUUGCAGCAUUACAAACCUAACCUCCCAUCUCUUGACAAAUCAUUAUCAUAGGUUUUGUAUGCAUCUUCAAACAACUACCGCUUACACUAAUAAUAGUCUAUAUGAGGGUACUCGUGCCCAAAUUGCACAUUUUAAAAUGUUCAAAACUUUUUUCCGAGGCAAAAAGAAUAAUGCAAAACUUUUUAACUCUUCAAAGAUUAU